AUGGAAGAAUAUGCAUUACGAGGAGACAUCACACAAACUAUGGUUGUUUCCCAGAAAUUUAAUAAGUUAAGUGGUGAUUUGAUUGAAGUUUCAAGAUCUGAAGCUGUACAGAUUGCAUUUGAUGAUGAGCAGGACGUGGUGGUAUAUGACCAAUGUACACAAGAUGUCAGUGCGAUUUCCUCUGAUUGCUUUCUCGCUGUUCUUCUUAGCAAACUAGAGAAAAGUUUUAAUAAUGUGUCCCUCCUCACAGGUGGAUUUGUUACAUUUUCAUCUAGCUUCUCAGGCCUCUGUGAAGGAAAAUCUGCUGUAGUACCAACAAGCAUUUCACAGCCAUGCUUACCUGUCACCAACACUGGCCCAACUCGCAUUCUUCCUCACCUUUACCUUGGUUGCCAACGAGAUGUAUUGAACAAGGAGCUAAUGCAACAGAUUGAUAUUGGCUAUGUACUCAAUGCAAGUAACACAUGCCCAAAACCUGACUUUAUCCCAGAGAGUCACUUUCUACGCGUUCCAGUCAAUGACAGCUUUUGUGAGAAGAUAUUGCCUUGGCUUGACAAAUCAGUAGAAUUUAUAGAGAAAGCAAAGGCAUCAAAUGGAUGCGUGUUGGUGCACUGUUUGGCUGGAAUUUCCCGUUCUGCCACCAUUGCCAUAGCUUACAUAAUGAAGAGAAUGGAUAUGUCACUAGAUGAAGCUUACAGAUUUGUCAAAGAGAAGAGACCAACCAUCUCGCCUAACUUUAACUUCCUUGGCCAACUGCUGGAUUUUGAGAAAAAGUUGAAAACUCAGACUGGACAAACAGGAACCAUUACCAAACUAAAAUUCCUGCAGUUAGAGCGAGCUGGGGAACAGAGAGUGACGCAGGAAAGUGGCCGCUUUGAUACAGUAACAGAAAACCAAGCCUUUACAUCCACUACCUCAGAGACUAUGGAUCAGAAUCUGACUGCACCUAUUACACCUUUAUCUGCACUUAUGGAAUCCACUGUUGCCAGUCUGGAAGAAGAAUGUUUUUUGGCUCAAGGACUCAAUGGACUUAGCCUGUCCUUGGACAGGCUAGAGGACAACAAUCGAUUAAAACGCUCAUUUUCUUUGGACAUAAAGUCUGUUUCAUAUCCCACAAACAGUGGAGGUGCUAGUUCUACACCAAUUGCUGCUUCUCCAGAAGACAGUUGUGAUCCUUUGAAGGAAUCAAAUGCGGGUGAAACUGGUCGGUUCUGUUUUUUCUCAUCUGCUCAGAAAGAAGUGGAGCAGCUUUCAGAACACACCACACCCAUUGUGAUGGAGGUAAAUACAAAACAACCACAAACCAUUUGGCAGCAAGGAUCACCAAAAAGUGCAGCUAUGUCUUCAGCGCAAACAGCAGCAAGCACAAAUACAAUGCCUAGAACACUCCUGUACCCGUUGCACAGAAGUGGAAGCAUGGAGGAUAACUACAGAACAAACUUUCUACUAGGUCUUUCUAGCAGCCAACAGCAUUUGGCAACAUCUGCAGCAGGAAUGGGGCUCAAAGGAUGGCAUUCAGACAUACUCUCACCUCAAACGUCAACUGCAUCAUUGGCUAAUACCUGGUACUUCGCAACAGAAACACUGGCUGGGCAAUCUCCUCGUUUCUUGUCAGGUUCUACUCUAUUUGGAGGUACCACAGCCUAUUCAGCAUUUAGCUGUAGUCAGCUAUCAUCAGGCUGUGAUCAGGCAGGGACAGUGCGUCGGCGUGAAAAACACUGUGACCGCCGAGAUUCCAGACGCAGCUGGCAUGAGGAAAGCCCUUAUGAAAAACAAUACAAACGCCGCAGCUGUCAAAUGGAAUUCGAAGAAGGCAUGAAUGAAAGUAGGUCCCGGGAGGACUUAGGAAAAAUUGGAAGUCAGUCCAGCUUUUCUGGCAGCAUGGAGAUCAUUGAAGUUUCCUGAAGAAAUGCUAACAUGUAGUCUGGUAAUUUGACCAACUUAUAAUUCACAUGUGCAGUUUUGAAGAAAUUGUCUCUCACAGCUUCAGCCAGGGACUUCAAAUAAUUUAGAAUAUUGUUGUUCAAGUCCUACCAAUCAUGACUGUUCAUCAAUUAAUUCAACAUUAAGUAUCUAAUCAAGGCAAUUAUGCAUAAUUGUCAGGCUUGUGUAUGCAUUUGAAAAAAUCCCAGUUAGCGUUAUGUAAUUGUCCAAUAAUGCACUUUGCCUCUGAAGACUGAGCCAAGUUCCAUGGAGAUUUUUUAAAAAUUCCAGACAAGCUGGCAAAAUCUGGAUAUCUGGUGUAAUCAUAGCUUAUUUGAUGCAAACUUUUUUGCAUCUGUAAAUAAAUGGUGUAACUAUCGUGAUUUGAGUUUAUGGAUAGGUAAUGUACCAGUGCUGCUUAGAGCAAAUACCUCAGAAUUUUAAUGCUUAUACUGUAUGUAGGUAUUCAGUAAAUCAAAUCUCAGGUCUUACUUGAUACAGAUGAGAUUUCCAGUUUUUUUGGCUAGGUUUAAAUUGCUAAUGUGGACUGCUAAUUAGCACUGAGAAAACAUCUGUGUAUACAAGGGCUGUGUAAACGAGGGCAGAAUCAAAAACACAGGGGUAUAAAUGAAACAAAAAUGUUGAUGCUAUGCAGAGUGCAUGAGUUGCAGGUUAAAGCACACUUGUGUGGAGGUCCUGAGGUGGAGAUAUGCUGGAAACUUGUUCAGGAUGGUACAACAUGUCUGCGUGAUGGAGCUGUUUUGUUCAAAUGCGUAAUGUAUGAAGCGUUGAUGGAUAACUGACAAAGAUGUUCUUCAUGAGGUGAAAUGAUGAGCAUAUUUUGAAAUAAAAUCUGAGAUGGUACCUGUUACAUACAAGUGUAAUUUAAACAAACAUUGUGUCAAGUUCAUAGCCUGCUUUAAGUGCCUGAAAGUAAAUCCUACCUCAUGCUCCCACAAAAGGAAACUACAGCGGAUGUAGAAAAUUGCCGGAAAUAUUGGAAGGUAACCAACCUAAAAUAGUAACUUUUUUUUUUCCUCUCUCUCUGCAGAUGCUAAUGACCUAAGCAUUUCUAUGUUCUGUUCAUGUUUUCAGGGUGACCUGAAAGUGCCGUACUCUGAUCAGAGGGGAAAGGUGAUAUCUAAUAUCUGGCCUUCAUCUUCUUGUACCACCAUUGAGAUGUACUGAAAGAGAGGUUAAAAAAUAAACACCUACAUUUUCACAAA